UCAGGACCGAGUCGAUAUCCGCGUUCCACCGUAAACUCAUCCCGAGUCUGAAGGCCUCGCUGAGGGAUCUUGAUGGGCAGGAGCCGCCUCCUGGCAUGGAAUGAGCACGAUACCCCCCGUUCUGCACCGCAGCGCGCGGGCAAUUACCCCCCAUGAGUUCCUGGACGCACUGCAGGCCACAUGCGUCCCGCGCUUCCCCCAAGUGCGGUCGCGCACUCACCGCCCGAUUGCUCUCGCCAUCAGCGGCGGUGUUGACUCGAUGGCUUUAGCCUAUCUCAGCUCCAAGAUUAGGCAUACAGACGAGUGGUUCAGGGUUGCCGACCACCCCGUCAGCAGCCCGUUUGGAAUCAUUGUCAACCACGACUUGCGCGAGGGCAGCGGCGCCGAGGCCGAAAAUGUUGCUGCCGCUCUCAGGAAGCUCGGCAUCAAAUCGCACGUCCUGAAGAUCAUGUGGAAAGAAGUGAUCCCGGAAGGCGUCAACCCCAACGACUUGCCCAACGUCGAGACGCUGGCCCGCUAUCUCCGCUACCGCCGGCUCGGUACCUUCUGCAAGAACGGCAAGAUGACCACCCUGCUGACCGCGCACCAUGAGGACGACCAGUACGAGACCGUCAUGAUGAGGCUGCUCUCCGGUCACGGCUUCCGCGGCCUUCAGGGAAUGCGCCCGGCAACUGACAUACCCGAGUGCUACGACCUCCACGGCGUCUAUCAGAGCGGCUUCAUCGAUGACCAGCGCCACGACAACCCAAUCUACAAGAUGGUGCCCGGCGACCGGGAAAGGAAGGUGUUGAAGAAGGGCCUGAGGAAUGAAGUCGAUCCCGCCGUCAUUGCCAAGGAGAUCGAGGCCGGCCUGAAAGCCGACAUCGCCACUGCGUACCUGGACGAAUACGACGACAUGUCCAGGGGGAGCAAGCGCGCCCCUCCCCCGGCCCCGCUGGAGUUUGAAAAUGGCGGCGUUAUGGUGUACCGGCCGCUGCUCGGAUUCAGCAAAGACCGUCUCAUCGCCACUUGCCUCGAGAACAACAUCCCCUGGUUCGAGGACCACACCAACAGUGAUCGGACACUCACCAUGAGGAACGCGGUUCGCUACAUGCACAAGAACCACAGGCUGCCCGCGGCGCUCCAGAAGCCCUCCAUCCUCCGACUUGCGGAGCGCUGUCGGGCGAGAGUCGCUUCGGCCGAGGCGGAGGCAGGCCGUUUCCUCGACCGCCUGGUGAUCCACGAGUUCUGGCCCAACACGGGCACCUUGGUCGCUACCCUCCCCCGUUUUCACUUCCCCAGCGUUCCCCGACUAUCCUCGGCGUCUCCGCCCGCCCGAGAGCGACGGAUCGCCCACUACCGCCACAUCGCCGCCCUCCUCCUACGCCGACUGAUCUCCAUGGUGACCCCCGAGCGCGAGCUGAGCCAACCAAGCCAGCUCUCCCACCUGGUAUCGAUGCUCUUCCCCUCCCUCUCGUCAUCCCCGCCCCCGGCCAAGCCGUACGUCAUCUGCUCCGUCCUCUUCACCCCCUUACCCGGCGACGGCGGCGCCGACAACAACAACAACAACAAUGACAACAACGCCGGGGGGAGGGAGAAGGAGAAGCAAAGACGACCCCGGCGCUGGCUCCUCGCCCGCGCACCACACCCUUCCAACACCCCGCGCCCCUCCGUGACGUUCCACGACCUCGCCUUCGGCAAGCGCCGCGGCAAGCCCGCCUCCGCCUGGAAGACGACCGGCUGGUCCGGCACCCGCCUCUUCGACGGCCGCUACUGGAUCCGCCUGCUGCACCGCCUGCCCUGCCGACUCCGCGUCGCGCCCCUGGAGCCCGAGCACCUCAAGCCGUUCCGGGACGCCCUCGACUGCGGGGGGGAAAAGGAGAAGAAGAGGGAGCUCAUGGCCAUGCUCGCGCGGUACGCGCCGGGAAAGACCAGGUGGACGCUCCCCGCCAUCUAUGCCACAGUCGACGUAAGGAGGCUGCUGGCGACCGGGGAGUGGUGGCCUGAAGAAUGCCGAGGCGGGGGCGGCGACAACGACGGGAAUGCGGCCGCAGUGAGUGAUGACGGCGGGGAAGAGGAGGGAGAGGCGGGGGCGGGGGAGGAGCAGGAGGAGGAUAUGGAGGAGAGAGAACUGGUGGAACGGAUACGGUCGCACCAGCUGAGCGGCGUGCGCCUGAGCCAGUGGGAGUGGGAGCGCGAGCUGAAGAGCCGGGAGCAGCAGCACCUGCUGGCCCUGCCGACGCUGGGGAUCGGGCUGCCCGGGUUGGAGGACUGGUUGCGGUGGGACGUCAGAUAUAGGAAGGUCGAUCACGACCUGCUGAGGCUGAGCAAGCUCGGCGGGCGGAGGAUCGGGAGACGGGAGAUGAGGCAUCGCCUCAGGUGUCUCUAUCGGUGGGUGAGGCUGGGGAGGGCCAAAGAGGCUCCGAGACGGAGGAGGAUGGCUGAAUGAGUUCCCAUCCUCCCCACUCAGGCAACUGAAGGGAAGUACGGUUCAAAGGGGGGCGUGAUUGUUUGCUGCAAAUACUGCACCGUUU